AGUCUACUUUCUGACAUAUUAGCUUUGUUAGCUCCUUUUUAUGAAGCAACUAAAAUGUUAUCAGAUGUUACAUAUGCUACUCUUAAUAUAGUCUAUUAUACAAUACACUACCUUAAAAAAACUGUAGCUCUAUCUGAAGAUGAAGAUAAUGAAUAUUAUACAAAUUUAUUAAAUGAUGAAUUAGAUGAAGUUGCAAGCUAA